AUGAAGGUUGAGCAAUUUACUAUGAAAGGACAAAAUGAACUUUUAUUUGCGAACUCGGAAGAUUUUGAGGUAGAUAGCCUUCGAGAAAUUACUCAGAAUUCGGAUAAUCCUCCCAAGACCAAACCAGAAAAAAACCAAAAAACACCAUUAAAAGUUUUAAUUUUUGACCUCCUUUAUAAUCAAUACUACGGGGUAAUUGUUUAUGUUAGAGUAUUUGAGGGAGAAUUAAAAGUAAAACAAAAAGUUAAAUUUUUUAGCACUCAAAAAACCUACCAAGUAGAAAGAGUAGGAGUAAAAACUCCCAAAGAAGUUUUGAAGGACAAAUUAAUAACGGGAGAAAUUGAUAAUAAUUCUUUGCCAUUAGAGGGAUACCAGGAAGUAAAACCUAAUGUCUAUGCCAAUUUAUACCCUGGUGACAGUUCCCGAUAUAAAGAGUUCAAAAAGUCUUUAGAGGAAUUACAAAUUCAAGACAGUAGUUUAAGUUUAGAAACAGUUGAUUCUCAUCUGCUCGGUCCAGGUUUUCGCUGCGGUUUUUUAGGUCUAUUACAUCGGGAAAUUAUUUGCGAAAGAUUAGAAAAAGAAUUUAGUUGCGAAAUUAUUACUACCUCAUCCAGUGUUAAUUAUCGAAUAAUCCUUUCUAAUGGAGAAAAAAUAGAAACAAACAAUCCUCAAAAAAUCCCGAAUAGGGACAAAAUAAAAGGAUUUGAAGAAUUAUUCAUCAACCUAAACAUUGCUACCCCUCAAGAGUAUUUAGGAGCGAUUUCCCAACUAUGUCAAAACAAGAGAGAUUUUCAUGACAAAAUAAAAUCUAUUUCACAUGGUUAUGCCUCCUUUGAUUACCAAAUAAUUGGAUUCUAUCCUAGCGAUAUUGUUAAGAUAGACAUUCUGCUGAAUAAUCAGUUAGUUGCUGACCUAUCUUUCUUAGUUCACCGGACCUUUGCCUACGAGCAGGCCAAAAAAGUAUGCGAAAAACUGAAAAAGACCCUUAACUUACAAACUUUUACAGUUCCUAUUCAAGCAUGCAUCGGCAAACAAGUAAUUGCCCGAGAAACUUUACCGGCUCUAAAAAAACAUGCUCGUAUGAAAGAAAUAGGAAAAGUUAACUUUGGAGUUGGUAAUUUAAGAGAACUUUUGAGGGGGAUUAUCUAUAUUAAGCCCAUGCUUAUAAGAAAAUUAAACAAUAAUAGGUUUCAAAUAAGGUUAGUAAAAGGAGAAAAGGUAAUAGAAUGCCUUUGUGAAUUUGCUAAACAAUAUAAUCACUCACUCGGCUUUGCUGAAUUGAGGAUGAAAGGCUCAGUAGAAGAUAUUGAAUAUGCCUUCUCUGUAGGUUAUGGACAAGAAAAAAAUGGUUAUAAAAUUAUGAGAUGCAAAGAUAAAGCCGAAUUAUUAGUUGCUCUAGGAGACAUUUCUUGGGACAAUGAAGAUACUAACAAACCAAUAGUUCAUUGCCAUGCUGUUUUUUCUAAAAAUGAUGGAAUAGGAACUUCCUUUGGAGGCCAUUUAAAAGAAGCCACCGUUAAUUUAACUACCCUAAUAAUUAUUGACAUUUUAAACUAUCAAAAAUUACUAAUUACUUUUGACGGUGGCGGAACUAAUUGGAGAGAGACAUUACUCCCACAAUACAAAGCCCAGCGGGAAAAUUGUGAAGCAGAUGAUUUAAUUACCUCUUUUGUUAAACAAAAUAAAAAAACAUUCCCUAACCUAGUUUUCGACAUUUUCACUCGCGAUAAAGACUUGCUUCAAUUGCUUGACAAAAAUACUAAUAUUUUAAAAUACAUUAAAGGAAAAAUAACUCUUUACACUGAUGAAGCUUUUUCGAAAGAAUAUAACUUUUCGCCCAACAAUUUUUCUGAUUAUUUAAGUUUACUAGGAGACAGCAUUGACAAUAUUAAAGGAGUAAAAGGAAUUGGACCAGUUAGUGCUAAAAAUUUAAUCCAACAAUUUCAUACUGUCGAAAAUAUUUAUCAGCAAAAAGAUAAUUUACCUGACAACAGCAGAAAAUUAUUAGAAGAUAAUCAAGAACUAGUUUAUCGUAAUAAAAAAAUUAUUGGUUUAAUCGAAGAUGUUCCUUUGCCGACCAAUUUAUACGAAAAAUGCGACUUUAAUUGA